UUGAUAACGAGGUCGACCCUGGCCUUUGGCUCAACCCACCCCCCGAAACAAAUCGUCCGGGUUUGGCUGACUAUUCUAUCUUCAGAGCCGAGGCUGGAUCGAAGACUCUCUUUCAAUGGUAAAACACCAUCUCGCGACGGUCUAAUCAAUUUACUUACACAGCCGUCGCAGGUAGGAAGAAAGAAACAUAUAUGAAGGAUAGGAAUGGUGCGUAUGAACAAUUGUAAUAUAACACGAACGAAGGAAAGAAAGCCCAACCAACGGACAUCUACAUGAAGAUUCCCCUGUCUUGUAUGUGUGUGUGGGUGUGUGUGGGUUCGGCCUUGUUUUUCCUUUCCAGUUGUUUCCUAGAUAUAUCAAACAAGACGCCCGCUAGAUUCCAGCCCUUUCAUUUCACCGCCUGGCUGGUAUACAAGAAUUGUGAGAGGAGAAAAGGGGAAAGGGACAAAAAAGAAAAGAAAAAAAAAAUAGGGGGGAAACGGAAAAUUUAGACAGAGAAAAGCCUAGCAAAUCCUGGGUGCUGUGUUCUGAAACACACAUGUGUAGAUAGAAGGUAGAAGUCAUUGAUGUCAAAACACGCAAACACAUACACUUGGGACAUUUGCGUGUCCGCAGUCGCCUUC